GGAAGCAAGGCUGCGCUAACUGGCGAAAGUUCCUUUUUUUGAGUGAAAGUGCGUGAAAGUCGUGAAGAUUGAACUAGUACUACUCACUCCUUACCUCAAGUGCUACUCGAACUCCUUCCUUGUUCGGCCAGAAUGUACGACACGAACUUCCCGUACAUGGGUGGCCAUGGGUAUCCCCAGAAGCCCAUUCCUAUGAAAGUCCAUCCUGCAACUCCUGUGCCCAUCGAAGCAGCAUUCCCCUACCCCCAAGGGAAUCUACCUGGUCAUUACGGGUUAAUUGGACAUCCUUCACAUCUGUAUCCCGAGUACAUGGCAACAGCAGCAACAGCAACGCCCCCUUUCGCCGCAUCCGGAAAUCAUCUGCCUUUAGUGCCAAGUCAGUCCGAGUGCCCGUUCGAGGCCCGCCUCGAGAACGAGGACCUGUGGAACCGGUUUCACGAACUCGGGACGGAGAUGAUUGUAUCCAAAACUGGCCGGAGAAUGUUUCCGUUUUUGAACAUAUCUUUGAGGAACCUGGAUCCCAACACUAUGUACGCCGUGCUCUUGCACAUGGUUCCUGCUGAUGGAUAUCGGUACAAGUACACCAAAUCCGAAUGGGUCAGGGCCGGGAAAGCUGACCCACACAUCGGACACGUCUAUUACGUCCAUCCAGAUUCCCCGCAGAAAGGAAGCAAGUGGAUGAACCGCAUCCUGUCUUUCCAGAGGGCUAAGUUGACCAACAACACUCUCGAUCAAAAUGGUCACAUCAUCCUGAAUUCGAUGCACAAAUACAAUCCCCGAAUUGUCGUGACGACCGUCUACGAUGCCUCCCAGGGGGCAAAGUGGCCCCAGUUCAGAGACUUCAUCUUUCCGAAGACGUCUUUCAUGGCCGUCACUGCGUACCAGAAUGCGAGCAUUACGCAGCUCAAGAUUGACAACAAUCCGUUCGCCAAAGGCUUCAGAGAAACUGGACAAGGCCGAAACAAGAAAAAGGGCGUCAGAGACGAAGCAGCUGCUCAAGGAAUGGAUCUACAUGGAAUGCACAUGAACUGCACUCCUCAAAACGCAGACGAAAUGGGAAACAUGAACGUCCUGGACAUGUCUGACCAAGGUUACAGGUCGUCGUCUUCUAUGUCCUCGGAGAGCACCAUGUCUGUUCCAGUGUCAUUACCCGAAAUAUCCGAGAUAUCUGACGAGGAAAUAGAUGUCGGCAAACCCCCGACACCUCCUUCCCACAGCCAUCUCAGGCUAUUCAGGUCAUGGGUCGAUGACGACGACAACAAAGAUGCCACGAACCAACGCCCGAAUCCGCAGGGCAGAGAACAGACGGUGGAACACAGACCCGAGGACGACAGGAGCGGAGGAGCCUCCGAAAGGCCCAAGGAUGACCUACGUCUUCCCACACCACUGAGGGAUGCUCAACGUCCUCCUCCUGCGACGCUUCCUCCUCCUCCUCCUCUUCAUCCUCAUCCUCAAUCCUUGCAGGACGUGUUGAUGCCUGCCGUCGCUGAUAACAGGGCUUCCGCCGCGUUUCUGCCCUCACCUGGUAUGCUGGCCUAUCAAUAUUACCUGUACAGCAGCUCGUCCGCAGCGUCCUCGGGGAAUUCUUACGCAUAUCCACCACCUUAUGUGCCUCAGAACGGAGCCUUACCCGAAUCCCCAGCUCACCCCUUCCACUUCACUUUCCCCCCUCCCCCUCAUCCUUCAAAAUAAACACCGACAGAUCAUAGUACAAAUCUCGGUUCUAGUCAUCUGACAGAGUUCUUUGUUUUAAAUGGAAGGAAGAUGACGAAAACAUAACAUCUGCUUUUAAGUAGUAACGUGGCCCCGUCACGUGUUUGUAUUUCAGAUUGGAUUCUGGCCACCAGGAAUAUUAGUCAUUAGGUAUAAGAACACUACGAGCUUUAAUUCUGGCAAUUGAGCUACGGUCGAAUUCUCCUAACUUAAUCUUCUGUUCUGUCUGUCUAAUGUAUAAAG